UUACCAUUUUAAGUUUUAAAAUAACUUGCCAAGAUAUUAAUAAGCUAUAGGAAUAUAUUUCUUUAAAUAUAAAAGAAGUCUUUAAAUAUGGCAAAUUUUUGUCCAUAUAAAUGUAUUUCCCAUUAUUUUUUAGUCAUAUUGUUAUUUAGUAUAAGUUCUGCUUCAGUUAAGUUUCCAGAUAAUUUUUUAUUUGGUGCUUCAUCAAGUGCUUAUCAAAUAGAAGGUGGCUGGAAUGAAGACGGAAAAAGUAAAAGUAUUUGGGAUGAAUUAUAUCAUAGCAGUAACAAUGCAACAAAUCAAAAUUAUUUUUCAAUACCAUUUAAUAAAUAUGCAUUCAGCUUUAUUAAGAACCAUAAAUAUAAAUUUAUUGGUAUCCAAAAAGACAAUCUAUUUUUUCAAAAUUUGUCACCAGAACCGAUUUCCCGUUUUCAUAAUCCUCUUGAGGAUGACAGCGUAUUAUUAAAUGGAGACGUUGCAUGUGACUCAUAUCAUAAAUAUGAGGAAGACAUAAAAUUACUCAAAGAACUAGGAGUAAAAGUUUAUCGUUUUUCAUUGAGUUGGCCAAGAAUUUUACCAAAAGGACAAGAUCAUACUAUUAACCAAGAUGGUGUUGAUUAUUAUCAUAAAGUGAUAGAUUUACUACUCGCUAACAAUAUCGAACCAUUGGUUACAAUUUAUCACUGGGACUUACCCCAAUCACUUCAAGUUAUUGGUGGCUGGGCAAAUAAAAAUAUUAUAAAAUAUUAUGUGAACUAUGCAAAUUUCGUUUUUAAGACUUAUGGAAAUAAGGUUAAGUAUUGGACAACGAUCAAUGAACCCAGGAUGAUAUCUGAGGGUUAUGGAGGAAAUUAUCCAGAUGCUCCACAUUUAGGUGAAGCUUAUAGUGGAAUAGCAGAUUAUAUGACUAUUCAUAAUCUUCUAUUAGCUCAUGCUAGAGCCUAUAGACUGUAUGAAAGGAAUUUUAAAACCAAACAAAAAGGUGAAAUUUGCAUUUGCUUCGAUACAUUAUGGGGAUUUCCAAAUGAUGAAAAUAGCGAAGAUGAUAAAAAAUCAGCUCAACUAUUAUUAGAUGCUUAUGUUGGACUAUUCGUUGAACCUUUAGUAACUGGUGAGUUCCCAAAAUCGUAUUUAGAAUCAAUUAAAGAUACGAAUAAAAAAAAAAAUAUCAAUAUUUGGCGACUGAUUCCGUAUACCGAAGAUGAAAAAGAACUAAUAAUUGGAAGUUAUGAUUUCAUAUCAGUAAACUAUUAUCAUUCAUUAAAUGUUACCGCUAUGACAGAAGCAGGUAUAUAUGAUCCAAAUAAUGAUUUAAAAACAAUUGAUCAAAGGGCUAUAACACCUAGUUGGGACGAAAAAGAAGAGUUACAAGACAUUGUAUUGGGAUUUAGAAAUGUAAUGCGUUUUUUAAAUGAUACAUUUGGAAAAAUUUCUGAUAUAAGAGAACCCAAAUUUUUUAUUUCUGAAAAUGGGUUGGCUGAUGAUAGUGAAAUUAAUAAAAAUAAAAUUGAAUAUCAUCAGGCGAUUCUUACCGAAACAAAAAAUUUGAUUGAUGAUGGUGUUAAUAUAAUUGGGUAUAGCGUUUGGUCGCUAAUGGAUUCUUUUGAGUGGGUCAGUCCUAGCACUAGCAAGUAUGGAAUUUAUAAAGUUGAUUUUAGAGAUCCUGAUCGACCUCGCACAAAAAAGCCAUGUGUGGAGUAUUUUAAAUAUGUUUUUCAAAACAAGACUUUACCAGAUAUUUCUACAAUUCCAGAUUUUUCAUAUAAGAAUAUAAAUUCUUUGAUUUAAAAUCAAAAAAAUGAUCGCCUAAAUCCUUAGAUUACUUUUUGUUUAUUUUUCAUACUAUUUUAUUUUAUGUAAUUUAAAAUUAUUGUGUUGGAUAAUGAGGUAUAAUAAUAUAUUUUAAAUCUAAUAAUAGUUUCUUUAUUAUUAAAUAUGUGUUAUACAAGAUUAUAUUUAGAUGAAUAUUGAAAUUUACUCAAACAUCAUUGAAUUAUGAUAAUUUUAUUUUUAAAUGGAUUGCAGAGGAUUUCAGUUCUUAGAUUAAGAUGUUGCAGUGUAUACAAAUGAAAAUUAAUAAAUUUAUCAUUUAUUGAUAAUCUAUUGAACAAAAUAAUGUUCAUUAAACUUGUAAAAAUUUGUCCAUAAUAAAAUAUUCAUCAUAGUUCUUUAUAUUUACUAUUUGCUUAAUUAAACAUAUGAUAUCUAAAAU